CACGAUACGACCCGCGCAGCCGCAUGUCUCCCUUACCACUACAGUGCUGUGUUUACAAGUGAAAUCAAUAUCUCUUUAUAACGAACCUUUAACGAGUCAAAAUUGACGGUAGCGACAUUAUUAUUUGUCUUCUACGUUGCAAUGUUACAAGGAUGGCGACUAACCGUGUCGAAGUUGUUCCUAAUUCCUCAGCGGUACGUCCUCGGUAUCAUGGGACUGCUGGCUGUAUGCAACGCGUAUACAAUGCGCGUCUGUUUGAACCUCGCGGUCACUCAAAUGGUUAACAAUACUAAUAGUGGAAAUGAAAACUAUGACCCUAACGCAUGUCCUGAUGAUAGCGAAAUAAUUGGCAAUGGAACAGCUGAUUUUAAGCCUCACGCGAUUUUUGAGUGGUCUGAGUCGACUCAAGGACUUAUUCUUAGUGGAUUUUACUACGGGUACGCAAUCACUCACGUCCCUGGCGGAUACUUGGCUGAAAGAUACGGGGGCAAAUGGACUCUUGGAAUUGGUCUUUUGAGUACAGCCAUAUUCACUUUAUUAACUCCGAUUGUCGUAAAAGCCGGUGGAGCAACAUGGUUAUUCAUACUUCGUGUUUUACAAGGCAUGGGAGAGGGUCCAACAAUGCCGGCUCUGAUGAUUGUGUUAGCUCGGUGGGUCCCACCACACGAAAGAUCACGACAAGGCGCUUUGGUCUUUGGUGGUGCGCAAAUAGGCAAUAUAUUUGGAUCAUUUAUGUCUGGCAUCCUUAUGGCAGGAGGCGGAGACUGGGCUAAUGUAUUUUAUUUCUUCGGUUGUUUCGGAAUUAUGUGGUUCAUUGCUUGGAGUAUUUUCUGCUAUAGUACACCAAAUACACACCCUUUUAUAUCUGACGAAGAACUGAAAUAUCUCAAUGAAACUGUACCUAGCGCCGAAAACGCCAGUAUCAGGGAUCCUGUACCUUGGAAAGCCAUUGUUAGGUCUGUUCCAGUUUGGGCCCUUUUGUUUGCAGCGAUUGGCCAUGAUUGGGGAUACUACACAAUGGUAACGGAUCUACCCAAGUACAUGACAGAUGUACUUAAGUUCAACAUCGCUACAACAGGAACGUUGACUGCUUUUCCAUAUCUCGCCAUGUGGAUCAGCGCGUUCAUAUUCGGCUGGGCUUGUGAUGUUUGUAUAAAGCGUAAUUGGCAUUCAAUCAAAACUGGAAGAAUUAUUCAUACUACUAUUGCUGCUACUGGUCCAGCCAUCUGUAUCAUAUUGGCUUCCUACUCUGGAUGUGAUCGUUUUGCAGCUGUCGCCUAUUUUAUAGCGUCUAUGGCUUUAAUGGGUGGCUUUUAUAGUGGAAUGAAGAUCAAUGCACUAGACCUGGCACCUAACUAUGCUGGUUCGUUGACAGCUAUGAUUAAUGGAACGUCCACAAUAUCAGGAAUUAUUACACCCUACUUAAUAGGGCUAUUAACUCCCGACUCGACUUUAGUGCAAUGGCGGGCGGCAUUCUGGGUAUGCUUUGCGGUACUCGUGGGAACUAACGUGAUUUAUUGCAUCUGGGCUGAUGGAAAGCAGCAAUGGUGGGACGAUGUACGUCAGUUUGGCUACCCAGAGAACUGGAAACAUGGUCCAUUAAUUACAGCAAAUUUAGACAAGGAGAAAAGCAAGAAAAAGGAAGCGGAAGGCACUGCGUUAUAA